AUGUCUUCAUAUCAAACAGCUCCCUAUACACAUUUUCAUGAACUAGUCGAUACAUGGACCAAAUAUUCACAAGCUAUUGAAUCACAAGUAAAAAAUCUAACCGAAAGAGCACGAGCACUUGGCACUCCAUCAGAUACACCAGAAUUUCGCUCAAGAUUAGAUGAUGAUGAACAACGUCUUCAUACUAUUGCAAACAAGACAAAAACAAUACUAAAAGAAUUAGUUGACGAAAUGAAUAAAAUAAAGAAAGAUCUAUCAAGAAAUGAUUUAGAUAUGAUAACUAAAGUAAAAGGUGCUAUGACUAAUGCAUUGAAAAGUUAUGAAGAAAUCAUUACAAGUGUCAGCAAACGGCGUCAACAAUUUGCACAUAGCAGUAAUAAUACACUAAUCGAAUUUGGCGAUUCACAUGGGAAUGAGGAUGAUAUUCAUCAACGUUUACAAUUACAACAACAAAUGAAAACGAAUAAUAGUCUAUUAAUUCAACAAAAUGAAGAACAGUUCUUUAUAGAGGACCAAGUUCAAAUUGUACAAGGUGAUGUCAUCCAAAUAAAUCAUAUAAUGCGUGAUAUCGGCACUAUUACUUCUGAACAAUCUUCAAUUAUUGCGGGUAUUGAACGAAAUGUAACAGGUGCAACUGAUCAUAUAAUAGCUGGUAAUCAACAAUUGUUAGGUGCAUCAAGACAUCAAAAAAAAUAUCGUAAGAAAAUUUGUUGCCUUUUACUUAUCUUUCUUGUAAUAGCAGUUAUUGUUGCUAUUGUUAUUGUUGUUAAAUUAAAAACAUAA